AAAAAGGUGUUUGGCUGCGCUCUAGAGUCCACGACAAGCCGGUUUCCCUUCUGAUCACAGCCAACUUCUUGCUUCCAGUAUCAUCAUAUCAACAUGUCUGGAAAUAUAGUUCUGAUCAGCGGAGCCAAUCAGGGCAUUGGUUUUGAGAUCGCUAAACAACUGAGUGUCAUACCAAACUAUCAUGUUCUCCUUGGAUCACGAGGCUUAGAGAAGGGCGAAUCAGCUGUAUUGCAGAUCAAAAACGUUGGAGGAAGUGUUGAGGCAAUACAGCUCGACAUAACCGAUGGCCAAUCCAUAACAGCUGCACGUGAUUUGGUUGAGACCAAAUAUGGACGUCUCGAUGUUCUUAUCAAUAACGCUGCCAUCCUUCUCGACUUCCAAGUCAAUGCCGACUACACUCUCGGCCAAGCAAUGCAAGACACUUUUGCGACCAACACAUCUGGCGCAGCAAAUUUGGUCGAGACGUUCCUUCCCCUUCUGAAGCUGAGCGCUGUGCCACGAGUGGUCUUUGUUUCAAGCACCGUGGGCAGCCUGCAUACUUUUGCAGAUUUCAAACCUUCCUAUACCAUGACCAAAUACUUUGCUCCAGCAUACGCCUGCAGUAAAGCCGCACUGAACAUGUUGAUGCUGCUUUAUAAUGUUCAGUAUCAGGAAAAGGGAUGGAAGAUCAAUGCAUGUUGUCCGGGAUUCAGACAAACUAACUUCUGUGACUAUGAUGAUAAGGCUGGACCUGUGGAAGAGGGUGCAUCAGUCGCUAUCGAACUCGCAACCCUAGGUAAAGACGGUCAGAGUGGCACGUUCGUGAACAUGAAGGGGGCAAUCCCUUGGUAGCUCGGACAGGGUCGUCCCGGUUGCAACACGAAGAGUGGUGCCGAAAGGCAUGAUUAUACUUGUUGAUUUUAUUAUUUAUCAAUUCACGAGACUCACACCAGAGCAACACCGAUACAUACUCUCAAAGACCGCUGUCUAUUUGAGUGAAG